GACAGUAGCCUUUCAUAACGACGGAGGAAGUGAACGCAUCAGUUAGCGGUUAGCUCCGUACGGCAGUUAACUACGUUACACAACGUACACGCAUUGAAGAAGGGACAUUGUCUUUAAGGAUUGCCAUAUGGAUUCUCCUCGGCAGGUGAAGAACCUGAAUCGAGAGCCAAAGCGCAGUCAGAAUCGGUCAACCAAUCCUCCUCAGAAAGAUGCCUAUGCCAGGCUCCUCAACCAGCACUGCAGCAGCAAGUUUAGUCUGUAUUUAGAGCAAUAUGCCAAGGACACAACAUUUCAAAGGGAAGGAAAUGGGCCAAGCACCCUGCUCAAAGCCCAGAGUGAAAGGCAGAACAUACCACAGCGACAAAGGGAUCAACUGGCCAAUGAUUUAUCUGUUUCAAGUGACUUCUCCCCCUCUUCAGAGAAAAGUAAAGGAGAGGAGAGUUCCCUGUCAUUGUAUAUGGAGAAACUAGGCACCCGCAGUGCUCAGCAGGACUUCGAAAGGAAGCAGGGUGUGUCUGACAGACAGCGAUGGGGACAGAGAAGAGACACAGCCACCAGCCAUGAUGGCGACGUUGAGUCUGGUGAGGAACUUGGCUCUUUAAAUCCCAAUGAAUCGAAAAAACACCUGAAGCAGCAAAAGAAAACCAAGGACUCUAACAAGGAUGUUACCUCAAAAGAGACAGACUCAUUUGUUGGACGUCCCCAGUCCCCAAAUACAGCCGGUACAAGUGUACAGGAACAAGAGAAGCUGAAGAAGGCAAAGAAAAAAAAACUUUCAAGGCACCCAGAAGAGGAGAAAAGCGGGGAUGCAACAUUCCAACCUGGGGUUGACACUCAGAUGUCAAGGCCCAAGUCCCCUUUUGGUAAAGAUAAAAAACUGCAGCAGCCCAGAGUUCCAAUUGCCAAUUCUCCUGUUGACAAGAAUAAGAACAAAGGACCCAGAGGAGCAAAGAAACACAUUUUCGAAUCCUACAUGACAUUUGAGGAAGUUUCCCAUGGCCUUAAAAGAGGAGAACUUAUUCAGGGACAGUUAAGAAUCAACCCAAAGAAAUACCAUGAAGCUUUCAUUCCAUCUCCUGAUGACGCACGAGAUAUAUUUCUGGAUGGGAUUGUAACUCGCAACAGAGCAUUGAAUGGGGACAUAGUGGUGGUGCGACUCCUCCCUCGGGAGCAGUGGAAGGUUGUGAGGUCCGAUACUGAGGGUGAAGGUGCCAGUGAGUCAGAUACCCAGAAAGAAAAUAUUGUGCAAACAGCGCAGAAGAAGACAGAUCGCAUGCCCCGGCCUCGUGGUGUUGUGGAAGACCAGUCUAGCGACCAGGAUGAACUUCUCCGCAAAUUGCAGAAUAUCACCUGCACUGACAAAGGGGAACAUCUGGAAGACCCCUCACCCCCCCGGCCCAAUGGGGAAAUACUCCAAAAGACUGCUAAAGUUGUGUACAUUGUUGAAAAGAAACACUCAAGAGCUGUGACGGGCUUCCUGAAAUUCCUGCCAGAUAAGCCUUUUGCCAUGUUCUCUCCUGUGGACCACCGGGUGCCACGAAUUAACAUUCUUCUUGCUGACUGUCCCCAAGACUUCAUUUCCCGCCCGGUCGACUUUGCCGUCACCUUGUUCAUAUGUCGAAUCACCAACUGGGCAGCUGACAGCAACUUUGCAGAAGGUCAACUUGCUAAGACACUGGGUCAGGCUGGAGAAAUCGAGCCAGAGACAGAGGGCAUCCUCAUAGAGUACGAAGUGGAUUUUUCUGAAUUCUCAGAUGAGGUGUUGAACUGUCUACCCAAGAACCUGCCCUGGACCAUCCCUGCUGAGCAGAUGAGACUGAGGAAAGACUUGAGGAAGGAGUGUAUUUUCACCAUUGACCCUGCUACCGCCAGAGACCUGGACGAUGCUCUGUCCUGUAAACUACUCCCUGAUGGUAACUUUGAGGUGGGAGUUCACAUUGCUGAUGUGAGUUAUUUUGUGGGAGAGAACAACGCUCUGGAUACCAUCGCCGGCCAAAGAGCAACUAGUGUUUACAUGGUUCAAAAGGUGAUCCCCAUGUUGCCCAGGAUGCUGUGUGAGGAGCUGUGCAGUCUCAAUCCGCUCACUGACAGACUCACUUUCUCUGUCAUUUGGAUAUUGACACCGCAGGGGGAGAUCCUGACUCAGUGGUUUGGCCGCUCAGUUAUCUGCUCCUGCGUGAAACUCAGUUACGACGAUGCUCAGUCCAUGAUCGAUGCCCCUGAAAAGAUUUUCACGGCAGAGGAACUGCCACCUUCGGACCCUGAGCACCCCAUUGAUGAGAUCCAUCAGGCUGUGCUCAACCUGCACUCCAUUGCAAAGAACAUGCGGACUUCUCGCUUCACAGCAGGAUCCCUCAGACUGGACCAGUUGAAACUAGCCUUCGCCCUGGACAAAGAGACCAUGAUGCCUCAAGGCUGCUACAUUUACGAGUACAAAGACAGUAACAAGUUGGUGGAGGAGUUCAUGUUACUGGCUAACACUGCUGCAGCCAUACACAUCCACAAGAGUUUCCCCCAGCUGUCCCUGCUCAGACGCCACCCUCCACCGAAGGCCAAAAUGGCGGAUGAGCUGCAGGAACUUUGUGACCAGUUGGGAAUCAACAUAGAUCUCUCCUCUGCAGGAUCGUUGCAUAACAGUCUCAACACUGCUUUUGAUGAUGUUGAGAAUGCCGAUUACAGAAAAGAAGUCCUUACCCACAUGUGCUCCAAGCCGAUGCAGAUGGCGUUGUACUUCUGUUCAGGUGUACUUGGGGACGAGCCGUUGUUUAGCCACUACGCCCUUAACGUUGGUCUCUACACUCACUUUACGUCACCUAUCAGACGCUACGCUGACCUCAUUGUCCACCGGCUGCUGGCGGCUUCACUGGAUUGUGGGCCUAGUUUGGGGCUGUCAAAGGAAGAUGUCCAAAAACAGGCAUCACACUGUAAUGACAAGAAGACUGUGUCCAAGAGAGUCCAGGAGCUCAGCUCUGAGCUCUUCUUUGGAGUGUAUGUAAAGGACUGUGGCCCUCUGGAAUCUAAGGCCAUGGUGAUGGGGGUGCUGGAUCAGUCCUUUGAUGUGCUGGUUCUCCAAUAUGCAGUGCAGAAACGUGUCUACUGCAAGUCUGUUCCGGGCCUGAAAUCAUUCCACCAUCAUAAAGUGGGGAAGAAAUCCGAGCUGACUCUGGUCUGGUCAUCGGAGGACCCGGAGAAAGCUCCAGUAGAGCAGGAAAUUGCACUCUUCACGUUAGUGGAGGUGCAGCUCAAAGCUGACGGGGCACCCAUGAAAUACAGUGCAGUGCUCAAGAGGCCCGAGGAGAUCGAGUCACACUGAAAUGUGCUGAAGAGCACUCAAACACUUGAAUGGGAAUUUUGAAUUGCACAUUUUCUUUUGUUGAUUGGUAUAAAUAGUAUUGGCUUAGAAGCAGUGUUGCUUUGGUAAGCAGGGGCAUUACUGAACAGGUCCGAGUCAGAUUUCAAUUGAAGUUCCCACUGCAUUUCAGAUUUAACUUGAAUUCCCAUUCCAUUGUGGUUUUUGUGUCUUUUGAUUUGCUGUGAAAGGAACUUUGCCUCCAGCUUUUCUUUGCUUUCCAAUAAUUUCCACAAGACAUAAGGUUGCAUGCAACAUGUACCCAUCCCAGGCAUAAAAGAAAAGUUGGCUUUCACUCUUUAGAAAUUAAAGUAGAAAUAUGCUUUUGAAAAUGGUUGACAAUUGUGCCGACUUUUAGUAAGUGUUUUAAAACGUGUAAACUCUGACACUAUUUUAUGUAAUUCAGUGGCUGGAUUUCAAAUUGAAUUGUGACCCGGGUCUGACAGGAAAAGAUCCUAAGUGGCUUUAGUUUGAUUUUGCUGUUGAUUUAUUGGCUUUUUAUAAGGACGGUGUUGAUGUGAUAACUUUUACACGAUCUAAUGUGCGAAAGCUGAUUUUCAGUUUACCAACAAUAUAUUUGGGUUUGUUUGUUACACACUACUGAAGUUUACUUAUUUUGCUCUCUUGACCUGCUCUGCUGGCUGUAAAAUAACUUAUUGUGGCCCGAGUGAAGCUACAUCAAUCGAGUGGAAAAUGUUGCAAAAUCGAUUGACAGAAUGGGUAUAUAUUCACAUCUGCAUAUAGACAAAAUAACAGCUACCACAUGCCAUCCAGGAUUUUUACAUCGUCGUAUGUAUUAUAGUUUUUUUGUUAGUUUUUUUUACAGGGAGACUUUUCAGAGUCUUCUUUGUGGGAAUAAAGAGGCCGAAGGGCUUCUGUCUUUCAUGAAGAACAGCUCAUAGGACUUUUGAUUUGAAUUCUUAAACAUUGUUCUUGUCUAAACUAAGGCAAGUGUUCUGUAAUUAGUUGUAAUUGUUUUUAAUAGAAAACAUAGGAACGACUUUAAUUGCUGCUGAAAGUGGUUGGUGGUCUCGAGAUUGUUUGUGGGAUUUAUUUAUGCUCGGAGUCAGUCAGUUGGACUUGAUUUGUGCAGCAAAAAUUCUGUAUUGGACCUCAUUAAUAUCAAUUGUAAAAUUUCAGCCUUUAUCAAGCAGAAUUUAUUUUUUUGCAAAGCUGCACAUUUUAAAAUGUUUGUGGGCCUCCCAUUUUGCUUUAACGAAGUGAAUGUGCCUCUCUUUAGUUCUCAGUGCCAUGUAGUGUCAUACAUCAGCAGCUACCUCUCCACAGUUGUUUUAUUUUUGGAUUUCAAAUCUCUUUUCUUUGACUUCAAGGUUUUUAUUUUUUUUUAAUGCCAUUUAACUAAUGUUUUUAAGUUAUUUUUGCUCACAUGGACUGUUAGUUUGUGAACUCUAAAUGUAUUUUAAACCAGCAAGUUAAGUGUUCGUUCAAAACAACUGUCCUGACUUAGUAGGAUGUGUUUCUUGAUUAGGGUUAAAAAGAAUAAUUCUUAAGUCAAAAGAAAAUUCAAGUACAAUUUCUGUGUCUUUUGACAAGUGAUAUUGUGACAUGUAACUUUGAUUCUGGUCUGUAUCCAAAGUUAAUGUGUCUGCUAAACCACCAUAAGGAGCACUAUAUGGUUGUCCUUGUCACAAUGGAAAAUAAAUACAUACGUGAACUGUU